GCGGGGGGAGCCCCAGCGCGAGCGGCGCCAGCGCGAGGACCCGGCCCGGCUCCCUCAGGCCGUGCAGGAUGGGUGACGACCGGCCCUUCGUGUGCAGCGCCCCGGGCUGCGGACAGAGGUUCACCAACGAGGACCACCUGGCCGUGCACAAGCACAAGCACGAGCUGACGCUCAAGUUCGGCCCCGCUCGCACCGACUCCGUCAUCAUCGCAGAUCAGACCCCGACCCCGACGCGGUUCCUGAAGAACUGUGAGGAGGUGGGGCUGUUCAACGAGCUGGCCAGCUCCUUCGAGCACGAGUUCAAGAAAGCGGCCGAGGAUGACGAGAAAAAGGGCUCGGGCGCCCUGGACAUGUCGCUGCCCUCCACGCCGGACGUGCGGGUCAAGGAGGAGGAGCCGCUGGACGUGGACUCGUCGCCGCCCGAGAGCCCCGCGGCAGCGCGGCCGCGCUCGCCCCAGCGGGACCGGGACCGGGACCGGGACAAGGAGGGCCCCCCCAAGGCCGUGGUCCUGUCCACCCCCACGCCCACCAUCGUGCGGCCGGGCUCGCUGCCGCUGCACCUGGGCUACGACAGCCUGCACGCCGCGGCCACGCUGCCCUCGCCAACCUCGGUCAUCACCCAGGCGCCGCCCGCCAGCCGCCACCUCGGCUCUCCCAGCUCCUCCCUCCCUCUCGUCGUGCAGCUCGCCAACGGCCAGACCGUGCCCGUGCUGCCCGGGCCCCCCGUGCAGAUGCCGUCUGUCAUCUCGCUGGCCCGGCCCGUGGCCAUGGUGCCCAACAUCCCUGGCAUCCCCGGGCCCCCCGGCAGCAGCAGCAGCAGCAGCAGCGGGUCCCUGUCGCCCUCAGCACUCCCCGUGCACUCGGAAGCCAAACUGAGGCUGAAGGCCAGCCUGGCAGCCUCCUCCUCGCUGAACGGCAGCAGCCUGGCCGUGGGCUCGGCCAGCACCCUGGUGACCGCGCGGCCGGAGCAGAGCCAGGGGGGACAGCACCCCGACACGCCGUCCCCGGCCCAGCCACAGGUGUCCCCGGCCCAGCCCACGCCCAGCUCCGGGGGCCGGCGCCGGCGCGCGGCUGACGAGGACCCGGACGAGCGCCGGCAGCGCUUCCUGGAGCGGAACCGCGCGGCCGCCUCGCGCUGCCGGCAGAAACGCAAGCUCUGGGUGUCCUCGCUGGAGAAGAAGGCCGAGGAGCUCACCAGCCAGAACAUCCAGCUGAGCAACGAGGUGACGCUGCUCAGGAACGAGGUGGCGCAGCUGAAGCAGCUGCUGCUGGCCCACAAGGACUGUCCCGUCACGGCGCUGCAGAAGAAGAGCCAGGGCUACCUGGAGAGCCCCAAGGAGAGCUCGGAGCCCUCGGGCUCGCCCGCGCCCGUCAUCCAGCACAGCUCGGCCCCGGCCGCCCCCAACGGGCUCCGCUCGGCCGCCGAGGCCGUGGCCAGCUCGGUGCUGGCCCACAUGGCCGGGCAAAGGACAGAGCUGGCCGUGCCCGCGGCCGCGCCCGUCAUCAUGGCCCCACAGGGACACUCUGCGGGCAGAUGAUGGCCCCGGGCCGGGGCACUGCAUGGACUGAGCACAGCGCGCCCGGCCGCGGGGCGCCGGGCCCUCCCUGUCCCUUCUGGAGCGUGUUCUGAGCACCACCGGGACCUUCCCUCCUGCCUGGGCUCUGAUCGUGGGGCACAGGACCCUCCCUGUCCUGCCUGGGGUCUGUUCUGGGGGGUGUGGGACCCUCCCUGUCCCUUCUGGGGUUUCGUUCUUCUUGUUCUGGUUUGGUUUAAGGGCGGCUCUGGCGCUUUCCCCUUGAUGGAGCCCCCAGGGAGAGCGGGUUCAGGGGCUCCUGUGGCAAACACUAAAUCUGGGGAGCCCCAGUGGUGGCCCUGUGCCCGGGCUGGGGGCUGUGACCCUCCGGUGACCCUCCCUGCUGUCCCUGUGCUGCUCCCAGGUUUGUUCCCACUCCCCAAAUGGUUGCACCUUCACCAGGAGCCUCCCGGAGCUCUGAGCUCUGGCACCGAGGGCUCCUCCCUGGGCAAACCCAGCCCUGGGCAAACCCAGCCCCGGCUCCCUGGGCAAACCCAAACCCAAACCCAGCCCCAAACCCAGCCCUGGGCAAACCCAGCCCCAGCCCCGGGAGCAGCUGCCCCUCAGGGACCCCGAUGCCCUCAGAAAUGGCCUUAAAUGAUGGCAUUGUCCUGAGGAUGGGAGCAGAACGGGGCCGGGGUUCGGGGCCCGAGCCUCCAUCACUGCUCGGCCGGAGCAGACAGAGCAGGGGCUGGGGUCGGCUCCCUGCCCUGCUGGGUGGGCACGGGGCUCUGUCCCGUGUGUGCCUGGGGGGCUCCGGAGCUUCUGCAGUGCUGCAGAUGGAGCUGGGAAUGGGGAAUAGUGGGGAAUGGGAA